AACGCUCUCUCGCGCAUCAGCCGGCGCACCGCAUGUUGCUACUGCUCAGCUUCAUGGAACAAGAACAAGGGUGGAUCACCGUCCGCUGACUGGAAGCCACCGUCGCCGCCACCGCCGCUGUCCCGUUUCGCACCGAGCCGUCUUUCUGUUCUUCCCCGUCACUCCGCGCAGUUAGCUGAAGCCGCCGAGGAUGUCCGUGGUCGGUUUUGACGUCGGCUUUCUGAACUGCUAUGUAGCGGUAGCCAGAGCCGGAGGGAUUGAGACUGUCGCCAAUGAAUACAGCGACCGAUGUACACCAGCAUGUGUUUCUUUCGGACCCCGGAAUCGAUCAAUCGGUGCAGCGGCCAAAAGCCAGGUCGUCACAAACUGCAAGAACACAGUCCAGGGAUUCAAGAGGUUUCAUGGCAGGGCUUUUUCAGAUCCGUUUGUGCAGCGCCUCAAAAACAGCCUGGUCUAUGAUAUCGCACAGAUGCCGACGGGAACAACAGGAAUCAAGGUGAUGUACAUGGACGAGGAGAAGGUGUUCAGCAUCGAGCAGGUCACCGCCAUGCUGCUGACCAAGCUGAAGGAGACGGCGGAGAAUGCACUGAAGAAGCCCGUGGCGGACUGUGUUGUGUCUGUUCCUUGCUACUACACCGAUGCUGAGAGGAGAUCGGUGGUAGACGCUGCUCAGAUUGCUGGACUGAACUGCCUGAGGCUCAUGAACGAGACGACUGCAGUUGCAUUGGCUUAUGGGAUUUAUAAACAGGAUCUCCCUGCUCCCGAGGAGAAGGCCAGGAAUGUGGUGUUUGUGGAUCUGGGUCACUCUGGGUACCAGACAUCAGUGUGUGCCUUUAAUAAGGGCAAACUGAAGGUCCUCGCCACUGCCUGCGACCCAGAGCUGGGAGGAAAGGAUUUCGACGAGUUCCUGGUGAAGCAUUUCUGUGAGGAAUUUGGCAAGAGGUACAAGCUGGAUGUGAAGUCGAAGCCCAGGGCUCUGGUCAGACUCUACCAGGAGUGCGAGAAGCUCAAGAAGCUGAUGAGCGCCAACUCCUCCGACCUGCCGCUCAACAUCGAGUGCUUCAUGAACGACAUCGAUGUCUCCGCAAAGCUGAACAGGGGGCAGUUUGAGGAGAUGUGUGCAGAUAUUCUAGCCAGAGUAGAGGCCCCCCUGCAGAGUCUGUUGGAGCUUUCCAAGCUGAAAAAGGAAGACAUCUAUUCAGUCGAGAUAGUCGGUGGAGCUUCCAGGAUCCCGGCCGUCAAAGAGCGAAUCAGCAAAUUCUUCGGGAAGGAGUUGAGCACCACACUGAACGCUGACGAGGCAGUGGCAAGAGGAUGUGCUCUGCAGUGUGCGAUUCUGUCUCCAGCCUUCAAAGUCCGGGAAUUUUCAAUCACUGAUGUUGUUUCGUAUCCCAUCUCUCUGAAGUGGCAUUCAUCUGUAGAGGAUGGUGUGAGCGACUGCGAGGUGUUCCCUAAAAACCACGCCGCACCUUUCUCCAAAGUACUGACCUUCUACCGGAAGGAGCCGUUCUCUUUGGAGGCGUACUAUAACUGCCCCAGUGAGCUGCCUUAUCCUGAUCCCACGAUUGGUCAGUUUAUGAUCCAGAAGGUGGUCCCGCAGGCGUCGGGGGAGAGCUCAAAAGUGAAGGUGAAGGUCCGGGUAAACAUCCACGGGAUCUUCAGCGUGUCCAGCGCCUCCCUGGUUGAAGUACAGAAGUCUGACGAGACCGAGGAGUCCAUGGAAAUAGACCAGGCCGCCGAAAAAGAAGGAGAGGCUAAGAUGCAGACUGAUCAGGAGGAGCAGCAGCCUCAGGGAGAAGCUCAGAAAGAGGCAGAAGAGAAGACGCCACAGGAGACCGAAGAGAUGGAGACCACUCCAGAGGAGAACAAAGGCGAGAAGAAGUCCGACCAGCCCCCGCAAGCCAAAAAGCCCAAAGUCAAAACAAAAGUGCUGGACCUCCCGAUCGAGAACAGCCCUCAGUGGCAGCUAGCAGACGACAUGCUCAACCUGUUUGUAGAGAACGAGGGCAAGAUGAUCAUGCAGGACAAACUGGAGAAGGAGAGGAACGACGCCAAGAACAACGUGGAGGAGUACGUCUACGACAUGAGGGACAAGCUGCACGGCAUGCUGAAGAACUUCGUCAGCGACUCUGACCGAGAUGCUUUGAGUUUAAAGUUGGAGGAUACUGAGAACUGGCUGUAUGAAGAGGGAGAGGACGAACCCAAGCACAAGUACAUCGACAAGCUGGCCGAGUUAAAGAAACUGGGCCAGCCCAUCCAGGAGAGGUACACAGAGGCCGAGGAGAGACCCAAAGCCUUCGAGGACCUGGGGAAACAAAUCCAGCAGUACAUGAAAUUUGUAGAAGCCUACAAAAUGAAGGAGGAGCAGUACGACCAUUUAGACGAGGCAGACGUCACCAAAGUGGACAAACUGACCAACGAAGCCAUGAUCUGGAUGAACAGCGCCAUGAACCAGCAGAGCAAGCAGAGCCCCACAGUGGACCCCUCCAUCAAAGUCAAAGACAUACAAGCAAAAACAAGGGAGCUGUUCGCCGUUUGCAACCCCAUCGUGACCAAGCCCAAGCCCAAGGUGGAGCUUCCCAAAGAAGACACGCCUGCAGAGCAGAACGGGCCCGUCAACGGACAGGAGAAGCCCCAGGAGGAGAGCGCCGGCAAGGGAACAAGCGAGAGCACGGGCAACCCCGCCUCAGAGACCACGGAAAGCAAGCCCGACAUGGACCUUGAUUAAAGCAGCCUCCUGGAGCAAAGCUCCGCCGGAGCCGAGUGUUUCAGAUCGAGAUGCAGCCUGGCUGUAAAUCAGAGCCGCUGAGGUGUUGGGAGGAACUGCACUGCGGGGUGGAUUUUCCUUUUUUCUUCUUCAGCACACUGAGCCCAGCUCCCGGUGGUAUCUCUGUCUCAUGACAUAGCAUGCCCUCUUCUCUUUCUGGAUGACAUAAAUCAAACGCCAGCUGCAAUAAUUCUGUUUGACAAUGAGCGCUGUACACAUGAUGGUAUUUAUUUCUGUUGUGUGCUCUGUAAGUGUUCUGGUCUGUGUCACAAUAUGGUUUUAAUAAAGGUAUCGAAAAUCUCGUC